CACACGUCCUAUCAGCUGAUCCUCAUUGCUAUAUCUUUGCCUACCAAACACACGUACCACUGUUUUCCCAUAACUUUACAAACAAAAAUAGACAACUACACAAAAGUGCAAGUGAAUUCGCUUGGUAUAGCUUCUACUUUACUAGAAUAAAAGCCGCUGGUCAGAAGAUAAACCAUGUCUUCCCAGGUGAACCAAGAGCAGGGAGUACAAGGAGGAGAGCAACAGGAUGGCAGCCAGACAGUUCUAUACACCAGGAAGAGGGGCUAUGAUAUAACCCGUGACCCGCAUCUUAACAAGGGAAUGGCGUUCUCUUUGGAAGAACGUCUACAGCUGGGUAUUCAUGGAUUGCUGCCACCUUGCUUUCUAAGUCAAGAUGUCCAGGUUCUACGGGUGCUUCAAAACUAUGAACGCCAGAAGUGUGACCUUGACAGAUACAUUUUACUGAUGGGACUUCAAGAUCGGAAUGAAAAGCUCUUCUAUAAAGUCCUCACAUCUGACAUUGAAAGAUUCAUGCCUAUUGUUUAUACUCCAACUGUGGGCUUGGCAUGUCAGCAGUAUGGCCUAGCAUUCCGGCGCCCAAGAGGUCUCUUUAUUACCAUUCAUGACCAGGGUCAUAUUCCCACCCUUUUGAAGUCAUGGCCUGAGGACGAUAUUAAGGCUGUUGUGGUAACAGAUGGGGAGAGGAUUCUUGGCCUAGGAGAUCUUGGAAGCUAUGGCAUGGGCAUCCCUGUUGGUAAACUUGCACUGUAUACAGCAUGUGGAGGAGUAAAGCCCCAGGAGUGUCUGCCUGUAAUGUUAGAUGUGGGAACAGAUAAUGAGGAGCUGUUAAAAGACCCCUUAUAUAUUGGGCUCAGGCAUAAAAGAGUCAGAGGGAAAGCUUAUGAUGACCUUUUGGAGGAAUUCAUGAAAGCUGUGACUGACAGAUAUGGUAUGAAUUGCUUAAUUCAGUUUGAAGAUUUUGCUAAUGCCAACGCAUUUCGCCUUCUGAAUAAGUAUCGUAAUAAUUACUGUACCUUCAAUGACGAUAUCCAAGGCACCGCAGCAGUUGCUGUAGCUGGGCUCCUUGCAGCUUUGCGUAUAACGAAGACCAAGCUCUCGGAUCAUACCGUUUUGUUUCAAGGAGCAGGCGAGGCUGCCAUGGGAAUAGCUGAUCUUAUUGUUAUGGCAAUGGAGAAGGAAGGAACCUCCAAAGAGGAGGCAAUCAAGAAGAUAUGGAUGGUGGAUUCUAAAGGAUUGAUAGUAAAGGGUAGAGCGUCCCUAACUCAUGAAAAGGAACACUUUGCCCAGGCACAUGAGGAAAUGAAGCAUUUGGAGGAUGUUGUCAAAAAUAUCAAACCAUCUGCUUUAAUAGGUGUGGCAGCCAUUGGUGGAGCUUUCACUGAGCAGAUUAUUAAGGAUAUGGCUUCCUUCAACAAAAGACCAAUCAUAUUUGCCCUAAGUAAUCCAACUAGUAAAGCAGAGUGUACUGCAGAGCAAUGCUACCGCUUGACUGAGGGCCGGGGUAUAUUUGCAAGUGGAAGUCCCUUUGAUCCAGUAACUCUCUCAGAUGGCCGCACAAUGUAUCCUGGGCAGGGUAACAAUUCCUAUGUGUUUCCAGGUGUAGCUCUGGGUGUUAUUGCCUGUGGAGUCAGACACAUAAGUGAUGAAAUCUUUCUUACUACUGCAGAGGUCAUAGCUCAGCAGGUUUCCGAUGAGCAUUUGGAACAGGGCCGUCUGUAUCCCCCCUUACAAACCAUACAAGAAGUCUCUGUAAAACUGGCUGUAAAGAUUGUAGAAAAUGCUUACAAAGAUAACACAGCUUCUGUAUUUCCCGAGCCUGAAGACAAAGAAGCAUUCGUCCGUUCCCAGUUGUACAGCACAGACUAUGACCAGUUCUUAAUGGAUUCCUACUCCUGGCCCGAGGAAGCAAUGAAAGUACAGAAUGUAAACAUCUCACUGGAUUAGAAGACAAGGAAGAUUCUCUUUGGAAGAUUUCUCUUGAUUUCACCUGUAGUAUAAUAGUGGGAUUGGAAUUCAUCAGUUGCAAAUUAAUUCAUUUUUUGAUUUAUACUAUAAAAUCUACAAGUGUAAUUUACAGGUUAAAUACAUUUAUACAGAAUCUUUACACGUUUUUUUAAUAACUGAUGCUAUGAAACCAAAUACUUCCAAGUUACUUUUGACUAUCUUUUGUAUCAAACCACAAAAGUUUCAAUAAAAUGCUAAAUGAA